CAGAAAUGCAGUUGGCGCGGUCACAUGCGUACCGUACACGGAGAGUUAGAUGAUAGAGCAAUGACUUUGGCAUAGGUCCCCAUCAACAGUUGGCCAUCAAAGGUAAAAUGAGCGGAGAUAUAAAGAAGAUUCCUAUUUACGGUGAUGUGAAGAAAAUGAUUAUGCGUAAAGAUAAUAAAAACGCUAUAGUCCAAAUACCUAACGCAACAGUCAAAAGGCUUUCUGUAAAGAUUAAAAGACCCGCGCCAGUACCUGAUAUUGUAACUGCUAUAUCUAAAAUGCCUAACAUAACCAUAAUGAAGGGUUUAUCAGGAACUAUCAAAAGAAUGCCCACAAAAAAUAGAACUGCAAUGGUCACAAUACCAAGAAAUAAAACUGCCAUAACUGCAUUACCAAAUGUCACUGUCGUAAAAGGAUUAUCUGAUUGUAUUAGUAGAACCGCUCCAAACACAAUAGUAAAAACAGUUUUAGUUAAAAAAACGCCUAAAAAAAUACCGAAUAAAAAGGGUGAGAAGGGGGACCCUCCGAUUUCUGAAAAACACAAGCAUUGUACGAAUUUAGAAGUUAUUUUGGGGAGUUCGAACGCAACGCCGAUUCGUAGCCAAGAUGGAUUCGCAUAUACGUGUUGCUUCUGUAACGAGAGCUAUGUAAAGCCAGCCGAUCUAAAAACUCAUACAAUGAUGACACAUAACAACAGUUCCGAUGUAAGUGAGUUCAUGAAGAAACAACGACCCUCUGCUUUCUUACUGAAGCUCGAUAUUACACUAUUAAAAUGCACACUAUGUGACGAAAGUACCAUAGACACGGUAGAAGGAUUGUUCAACCAUUUGCAAGAAGAACACAAAAAGAUUCUAUUUACGGAUGUAAAGAAUCAUAUAAUUCCCUUUAGAUUUGGAGGAGAUCAACUGCAAUGUGCUAUUUGUCCGAAUGUAUUCACCAAAUACAAAAUCCUUUUAGAGCACAUGCAUACGCAUUACAGAAACUACGUCUGUGAUAUUUGUAAUUAUGGUUUCAGUACUCGCAGGGCGAUGUUAAAUCACAAAGAAUCACAUAAAACAGGCACCUACGAAUGCAGUCAGUGCGACAAAGUAUUUGAGAACCCCCAAAGGAGAAGAACGCAUCUUAACGCAGUCCACAAAUUUAUGAACAUGCCCCACAGAUGCGGUGUCUGCAAUGAGAGAUUUAAAAGCAUCCGCCUGAAGGAUCGACACAUGAUCAAAGUGCACGGAAAGACGCCGAUGUCUUUAACAUGCUUAGCCUGUGACAAAAUCUUCACAAGCCAAAAUUCCUUACGGAUACACAGAAAAAAUUAUCACCUGAUGGAAAGGCAUUACCAAUGCAAGGAGUGCGAAAUGAACUUCUUCACCAACGGCCAGUUGAAGAACCACAUGGUGAAGCACACGGGCAGGAAGGAUUUCCAAUGCGACGUUUGCUUGAAGUGGUUCACAAGGAAAACAGUUUUGCGCGAGCAUAUGCGGAUUCAUGCAAACGAUCGUCGUUUCACCUGUUUGGAGUGCGGAAGGGGAUUCGUUCAGAAAUGCAGUUGGCGUGGUCACAUGCGUACGGUGCAUGGUUUGAAAGCUGAUAAGGCAUUGUCUACGACGUAAAUACUUUCGGUAUAAGUCAAGGAAAAAAGAUGUGGUGUACUCGUUAAGUGCACAGGGAUAAAAACCUGAGUUAAAAAAUUAAUUUAAUUUUAUUCCCUUUAAAAAAUCAUAUAUAAAAUAUGAUUUUUGUACCUGUGAAUAUUUAUUGAAGUUACGAAGACGUUUUCUCUGUAGCCGCGUUAAGCAAUUUUGCGGUAGGGGUAGUACUUACGGUUUUGCAUCACCGAUGACCUCGAUAUGCUCGUGAGGUAAUGCGCUCGACUAGCUAUGCGUGUUAUAGCGGAAUGUGUGCAUUUCGGUAGGGGUUUGCAUCACCGAUGACCUCGACAUGCUCGUGAGUUAAUGCGCCCGACUAGCGAUGCGUAUUAUAGCGGAGUGUGUGCAUUUGUACGCAUUAUUACAUUACAUUGUAAAUUCACUUUUUGAAUGGAAAAAAUCUUGUGAUUUCGCUUCACAGACAUUCGUGAGGUUAUAUGAAUUGGUUAAUUAUUUUGAGGUUAUAUGAAGUCACUGCGCAGAACAAUAGUUAGUAUUUAAUAUACUUACUCGUAAAUGUUCAUGUAGGAAAUUAAUAACAAACAAAGAAGGUACUUAUUGUGGAAACACAGUUAUUCUAUCGUUUUGUAUUUUCUCUUUUCUCUGCAGUCCUUAAAAUUUAAUGUUUUUUUUUUUUUAUAUAAUAACCAAUGGG